AUGUGAAUAGCAUCUGAAUGUCUUACUACAUGAAGCAUGAUUAUCAAGUAAAUAAUUUUUUUUUUUGAUAAGUAUGAUUAUCAAGUAAAUAAUGAACCCUUGUCAACAAGGAUCAAAAUUAUAGGGAGAAAAAAGGAAGAUAAAUGUUAAGUUGGUAUUGUAUAUGAAUUUAUGGCUUAAUAAAGAAAAUUCAGAAAACAUUACAUCUAUUAAUUACUAUUUUCAGAUAUUAACCCUGUGAUUUAUCCACACUUAAAAAAAAAAAAAAGGGUUUUUGGUAUCGUAAGCGUAUCAUGAUGAUCCUUGAUUUCUCAUAAUUAUAAAAUAAAAUAAAUGAAUAAUUUGAUAAAUAUUUUUAAAAAGGAUAUUCAUUCUUCUCGAUGUAGUAUCAUUAAUCGCAUCUAUGACGGAACAUGAAAUAAGUAAAAAUAACAGAGUGAUUUUAAAUUAAGGAAAGAACCGACAGCGGCAUUUCUUGUAACGUUACUACCCUCGAGUCCUCUGCUUCCACCCCCACUCAACGUUCAGAUUCCGAAAACUCCGGUGCAGUUUGGAAGCUGAGAAACGGUGGGACAAAUACGACCCAUGACAGAAAAUCCCAAGCACUUGCUAGACCGUGUCUCCGAAUCUCCCCAUAGGCCUUCUAAAAUCGCAAAAACCGCCGCCCAAAACCUCAGCAACGACGAAGAGGAACAGCAAGAAGCGCCCAUGGGCCCAAGCCCUAGAACCCAGCGAUACCUGGUCGCGAUCGAGUACAUUGGGACUCGUUUCUCCGGGUCUCAGCAGCAACCUAACUUCCGUACCGUCGUUGGCGUUCUUGAGGAAGCUUUUCAUAAAUUUAUUGGCCAGCCAGUUUCAAUUGUUUGUUCAAGUCGUACUGAUGCAGGAGUGCAUGCCUUAUCAAAUGUUUGUCAUGUAGAUAUUCAACGCAUAAGCAAAAGGAAGCCUGGUGAAGUGUUACCACCUCAUGAACAAACUGUGGUCAGAAGAGCUGUGAACCAUUUCUUACAGAAUGAAGGUGAUAUAAUGGUGAUUGAUGUUCGAUGUGUUCCAGCUGAUUUCCACGCUAGAUUCAAAGCUCAAGAGCGCACGUACUUCUAUCGCUUGCUUUCUGGACCAGAACCUUUGUCGACCUUUGAGAGGGACAGAGCGUGGCAUGUUCCUGAGGAGUUAGAUAUACUUGCCAUGCAGGAAGCAUGCAAAAUUCUUGUUGGGCAUCAUGACUUCAGUUCCUUUAGAGCAGCUGGUUGUCAGGCAAAAUCACCAAUUAGAACUUUAGAUGAACUCACGGUUUCUGAGGUAGUUUCAACUCCAUAUUUUCCGUCCAUAGUUGAAAGGAGACAGAACAAUCUAAUCAUGGAAGAUCUUCAUGCAAGCUCAAACAAGUCGGAGAGUGACCUACCUGUUAGUUCUAUUUCCAUUGGCAAUGGGGCAAGCGGCUUUAAUGGUGAAGCUUCUCUUGGAUUUGGCAUAAGAAGAAGGCAUCGUUGCUUUGUGGUAACUGCACGUGCACGCUCUUUUCUUUAUCACCAGGUUAGACUGCUCGUUGGUGUUCUAAAAGCUGUUGGAACUGGAAACUUGACAAUCUCAGAUGUUGAAAGAAUCCUUAAUGCAAAGAGUGUGACUGCUGCAAGUCCCAUGGCCCCUCCAUGUGGUCUCUACCUUGGGCAUGUGAAAUAUGAUCUGCCUUGAGAGGAAGUAUAAAGGAAUCGUGGUUUCUUCUAAAAAUGUCAUGGAGUUGUGUGUUACCGGAAUACACUUCCUAACUGCAUUGGUACCAACGUCCAAGGGAUAGUACCAAUGCCCGAAGGAACUUCCAGAUUAAUGACGACCUUGUUACAGUGGCCCUUUGACAGAAUGGUCUCUGAACCAUGCACUUGUAAUACUGCAAUUCAAUUGUCUGGAUUUCUCUUUUCUUCAAUAAUUGUCUGGAAUUUGACCUCCAAAAUUAAUGGCAUUGGCAUAUUUGAGCGUCUUCA